CUUUACCCCAGUUUACUCGACACGAUACGAAAGAAAAAAGGACAGGGAACGGUUCCUUUCAUCAAUUGCAGUUAAUUUCCAACAACGACCACUGUUCAAUAGCAGAACAAAAAACCACAUCACAUGGCUUUCAUUUUCUUCCCUCGGCCCCGCCAGGCGGAGACUACUAAUAAGUAAUAAUAAAGUCUUUGCUUAACUCAAUCUAUAUGUGUGUGUGUGUAUGCAGAUUGCUGGUUAUGCUCUUCUCGCUCGCUACCAACUCCUAUUUGGGUGCAAGUAGGCAAUGGAUAUUUAUUCUAGUUCUUACAGCAACACACGGUUGCCACCGCUGCUGCGUGUUUGGUUCUCGUCUCUGGUUUUGCUCUUGCUACAGAAUGCUGGAACAGGGUUUUCAGCUUCUAAUUACUUGGUUGGACUUGGAAGCUAUGACAUAACUGGGCCUGCUGCAGAUGUUAAUAUGAUGGGAUAUGCAAAUAUUGAGCAGGUUGCAUCUGGAGUUCAUUUCAGGUUACGAGCUCGAACAUUUAUUGUUGCACAACCUCAAGGGAACAGAGUUGUGUAUGUCAAUCUUGAUGCUUGUAUGGCUUCACAAAUUGUUAGAAUUAAAGUGCUGGAGAGAUUGAAGGCAAGAUACGCGGAUCUUUAUACAGAGCAGAAUGUUGCAAUAAGUGGUAUUCACACUCACUCUGGGCCUGGGGGAUAUCUGCAAUAUGUUGUAUAUAUUGUAACAUCACUUGGAUUUGUUCGCCAGUCAUUUGAUGUCAUUGUUGAUGGUAUUGAGAAAAGCAUUAUUCAAGCUCAUGAAAAUCUUCGUCCAGGAUCAAUUUUUGUAAAUAAAGGGGAGCUACUAGAUGCUGGUAUAAACCGCAGUCCUAGUGCUUAUCUCAACAAUCCUGCAGCUGAGAGAAGUAAAUAUAAGUAUGAUGUCGAUAAAGAAAUGACCCUCAUAAAGUUUGUAGAUGAUGAAUGGGGACCAAUUGGUAGCUUUAACUGGUUCGCAACUCAUGGAACAUCUAUGAGUCGCACAAAUUCAUUGAUUAGUGGUGACAACAAAGGAGCUGCAGCACGAUUUAUGGAGGACUGGUUUGAAAAAAAUGGUGUGUUGGAUAAUCCGGAUAGCCCAAAUGCUAAUAGAUCUGGAUCAGUUAGAGUCCCUCGAAGAGUCUCGGGGAUUAUCCCUAACCUUAAUGAGAAUCGUAAGGAGCUGAUGGAAGUUGCUGCCUCCUUUAGGUCUUCUCAGGGCCGACCUGCAACAAGGCUUCUAAGUGUUGCAAAACGUGUCAGGAAUGUUAUGCGGCAAAUAGAUAGACCACAAUUUGUGUCAGCAUUCUGUCAAACCAAUUGUGGUGAUGUAAGCCCAAAUGUUCUUGGUGCAUUCUGCAUAGACACUGGCUUACCUUGUGAUUUCAAUCAUAGUACCUGCAAUGGGAAGAAUGAACAGUGCUAUGGCCGGGGCCCAGGUUAUCCAGAUGAAUUUGAGAGUACACGAAUAAUUGGAGAAAAGCAAUUCAGAAAAGCUGUUGAUUUGUUUAAUGGAGCAACUGAGCAGCUGAAAGGGAAAGUUCAGUAUAGUCAUGCUUAUAUAGACUUCUCAAACCUUGAGGUCUCACUGGGCAAUAAGGUGAUAAAAACAUGCCCUGCUGCCAUGGGCUUUGCUUUUGCUGCAGGAACCACUGAUGGGCCUGGAGCUUUUGAUUUCAAGCAAGGAGAUGACAAGGGAAAUGCUUUCUGGAAGUUGGUAAGGAAUGUUCUCAAAACACCAGGCCCAGAACAAAUCAAAUGCCAGCUUCCAAAGCCUAUUCUUCUUGACACUGGUGAAAUGAAGGAACCAUAUGACUGGGCACCCUCGAUUCUUCCAGUCCAAAUCUUGCAGAUAGGGCAACUUGUCAUUCUCAGCGUCCCUUCAGAAUUUACUACCAUGGCCGGCAGGCGCCUCCGUGAUGCUGUCAAGAUGGUUCUCACUUCUGGGAGAAGUAAAGAAUUCAGCAGUAAUGUCCAUAUUGUUAUAUCUGGGCUUACGAACACCUAUUCACAGUAUGUCACCACCUUUGAGGAGUACCAGGUGCAGAGAUAUGAGGGAGCCUCCACCCUUUAUGGGCCACACACACUCAGUGCCUACAUUCAAGAGUUCAAGAAAUUAGCUGCAGCUCUCAUCACAGGCCAACCUGUUGAACCAGGUCCACAGCCCCCAGACCACCUGAACAAGCAAAUUAGUUUAUUACCACCAGUUGUUCUUGAUGCUACACCUUUAAAUGUGAAUUUUGGAGAUGUUAAGACUGAUGUUCCUUCUAAUUCCGCCUUCAAAAGGGGUGACUUGGUAACUGUCAGCUUUUGGUCUGCUUGCCCAAGGAAUGACCUCAUGACUGAGGGCACAUUUGCAUUGGUUGAGAUUCUGCAGGGCCAGAAGACAUGGGUUCCAGCAUAUGACGAUGAUGACUUUUGCCUGCGAUUUAAGUGGUCAAGGCCUGCGAGACUCAGCCCUCAGAGCUAUGCAACUAUCGAGUGGAGAAUCCCACAAUCAGCAGUUGCUGGAGUAUACAGGAUAAGGCAUUUUGGUGCUGCAAAGGCACUUUUUGGGUCAAUCCGCCACUUCACGGGAUCUUCAAGUGCCUUCGUAGUGACAUAGGCCAGGGAAAUGGCAAUGCAUCUGGAAGUUAAGAGUUAGUAGCAAUGAUACUUUGUGUUCAUUCAAACAAGAACAAGUUACUUCAUUGAAGUGCGUGAAGAGCGUAGUGAACUAGCCAAGCAAAGAAUUUGAAAUAACAUGACAUUGUAUCAUGUAGAGGAAAUGGAAAUGUAACUUGAUUAUAGUAUGUCAUGAUAUAUUUACAAUAAAAGCUUAUCCUAGAUGAGGAUCUAAAAUUGAAAA